ACGCAGUCCAACACUUCCCCAAUCGCAGAUUUGCGUUCCAGGCUUCCAGCGCCGUCCAACACUUCCGAGUUCCGAGAAACCAAUUCGCGUUACGGCGCCGUCCAACACUUCCGAGAAACCAAUUCGAGUUACGGCAGAUUUGCAGACGCAGUCCAACAGAUUACUUCAAGCGCCGUCGCUUAGGAAUUUUCCAGACGCAGACACAGAUUACUUCGGCCUAUUGAAUUCGCAGACGCAGUCCAACUGAUUACUUCGGCCUAUUGGUUUCUUCUUCAAGCGCAAUCUGCCUAUUAACCUUAGUCUUCAAGCGCCGUCCAACACUUCCGAGAAACCAAUUCGGCCUAUUGGUUUCUUCUUCAAGCACAGAAGUUAGUGACGAGAAUCUUCAAUUUUUCUCCAAGAUUGAAGCAUCUAACCCAAGAAGUUUCUGUAUGACAGUACUUCUGCGAUCUCACUUCUCAGAGACAAGAUGGCUUGCAAUUCAUCAACCUGCAAUUCAGGUUGCUUAGGAGACGCCUCCGGCGAAGAUGGAGAAAAAGAAAAGCAAAAUCAUCCAAUGACUGAUGAUAAUGGAGCUUGCAAUGGAGACAAGCAUGUUUCCAAUAGAGCCGAGCCCCUUAGCAACCGCAUCUGCUUAAAAUGUAAACUGAAUGAGACCAUCGCAGCCAGCGACUUCGGCGCCGGUCUUAAUGGAGAUGCCGGAAGGUUCUGUGCUGAUUGUUUCAGAAGCAAUUUGUAUUGGAAGUUCAGGUUUUCUGUUACCUCCAAUGAUAUGAUCUCGCCUGCAGAUAACGUCCUUGUAGCCUUCUCCGGAGGGGCCUCCUCCAGGUCUUUUCUCUCUGUCUCUUUUCCUUCCCUCUCCGCUAUAUACGUCAGUUCUGCUUCAUUAAAUGAUUUCCUUUGGAUUUAAGAAGGGUUCAAGUCACCCUCAAUAAAUAGGGAGGAGGAGGGUUUAAGGGCCAGUUUGGGAAUAGCAUUUUCGAUUAGCGUUAGCGUUUCGGAUAAAAUUCUAAGGGUGCAUAUUAACGUCGAAAACGCUAACGCUAAAGGCUGCCCGUAGAUAGCUUUUCAAAGCGCUAACGCUAAUCUCUAACACUGUUCCUAAAUAGGCCCUAAGUUGUCAAUGCCUAUAAUUGUAAUUUAAGUCAACUAAAGUUUAGCAUGUGUAAAUCUGUAUAUGUCUUUUUAUUGUUUCCUGCUUAUCUGAUUUGCCAGUUUAGUUCUGGUUUAUAGCUUUGCCACAAGCCUAUAUUUCUGACAAUGAAAAAUUACUAAGUUUGGAUGUUGUUGACCCUCCUAAUUGGAAUAAUCUAGAAAAGUUCAG